CCACUAUUCCAUUCGCUUCUCCUUUCAUUCUCCUCCAUUCUCUUCCCCUUCCAGUACUACUUCAUCUUCUUGCUCCAACUACGUAACAAGAUAAUUCAUAUGAUGAUGAAUUCCGAUUUUCGGAUUUCCGGAUAAUGCGUCGCAGUUACUUCCUUCCAUUAUAAUUCGCCAUCAGCAACUAAAAAAAAACCCUGAACUCACAUAUAGCAAAACAAAACUUAUCUCUGUACUGAAUUUUAAUUCAUCAAGAUUUCGUAUUAAUUAAGAUAAAUUUCAAGAUUCUGUAUUAAUUGAGAUAAUCUCAUCACAAUUUAGAAGCGUAUAUCAAUAUCAAUCAAUAUUGAUGAGAAAUGGCUCCAAAGAAUGGAAAAUCGAAACCUCACAAAUCUAAAGGAGACAAGAAGAAAAAGGAAGAGAAAGUUUUGCCUAGUGUGUUGGACAUUACUGUUGAGACUCCAGAUUAUUCUCUGCUCACACUUAAGGGAAUAUCAACGGACAAGAUUUUAGAUGUGAAGAAACUUUUAACGGUUAAUGUGGAAACAUGUCAUCUUACAAAUUACUCCUUGUCUCACGAGGUACGAGGGAAUAGACUGAAAGACAGUGUCGAGAUCAUCUCCUUAAAACCUCCUCAACUAUCCAUCGUAGAAGAGGAAUACACAGAAGAACUUGCGAUCGAUAAUGUCCGGCGUCUUUUAGACAUUGUAGCCUGCACAACUUCUUUUACUUCUUCGUCAAGAACGAAUCAAAGAGAUGAACAAUCCAAUUCAAUUUCUUCUAACAAUGGAGAUGAAUCAACUACUGCUGCUGUUAUCAGUGACAAGAUUGGAGGAGGAAGUGAAGCUGCUUUGUCAAGUCCAAAACCAGGAUCAAAAAAAUCAAAUAAAGAUGGAAGAAAACCAGUAUCCGCUUCAAUGGCUGUUGAUGCAGCUAAAGAAGCGAUGGAAAAUGGAGAAAUCGCAUCACCGCCACCAAAGCUUGCUCAAUUCUAUGAUUUCUUCUCGUUUUCUCACCUUACUCCUCCAAUUCAAUAUAUUCGGAAAUCGUCACGGCCGUUCCUUGAUGAUAAAACGGACGACGAUUUUUUCCAAAUCGAUGUUCGAGUGUGCAGUGGGAAGCCAGUAACUAUUGUUGCAUCUCGCAAAGGGUUUUACCCUUCUGGGAAAAAGCUAUUAUGUAGUCCUACUCUUGUCAAUUUGUUACAGCAGCUAAGCCGCAAUUUUGAUGCCGCAUACAAGUCACUCAUGAAAGCUUUUAUAGAGCACAAUAAGUUUGGGAAUCUUCCGUAUGGUUUUCGUGCAAACACAUGGCUUGUACCUCCUGUUGUUGCUGAUGACCCUUCUACUUUCCCCCCACUUCCUGUGGAGGAUGAAAGUUGGGGAGGAAAUGGGGGUGGUCAAGGAAGAGAUGGGAAACAUGGUGAUAGGCAAUGGGCAAAAGAAUUCUCAAUUCUUGCUGCUAUGCCUUGCAAAACACCAGAGGAGAGGCAAAUCCGUGAUCGGAAGGCUUUUUUGCUACAUAGUCUAUUUGUCGACGUUUCAGUUUAUAAAGCUGUCAUAUCAAUCCAACAUGUAAUCAAUAACAGUCAAUUGGCUCAAGAUUGUUCAAUUUUGCACGAGGAACAAGUUGGGGAUAUUAAGAUUAGAAUAACAAGAGACAACCCUGUUGUAAGUGGAAAGUUAGAUGGUAAGAAUGAUGGAAGUCAGACUCUCGGAAUUUCACCGAAGGAUCUUUCUCAGAGGAGUUUGCUUAAAGGGAUAACUGCAGAUGAAAGUGCUACAGUUCAUGAUACUGCUACUUUAGGUGUUGUAGUAGUUAGACACUGUGGAUACACAGCGGUCGUGAAAGUUCCCGUCGAGGAUAACUUGGGUUCAAGCCUUGGUUCCCAGGAUAUUGACAUCAUGGAUCAACCAAUGGGAGGUGCUAAUGCAUUAAAUGUUAAUAGUUUGCGGAUGUUAUUGCAUAAAUCAUCGACACCUCAAGCAUCUACUGGAGUUCAACGCUCACAGAAUGCUGAUGUUGAAGACUUACAUGCUGCUAGAUCUAUAGUUAGGAAAGUGUUAGCGGAAAGUCUGGAAAAACUGGAAGGAGAAACCACAGAACAAAGGACAUCAAUAAGAUGGGAGUUAGGAGCAUGUUGGUUACAACACUUACAAAAUCAAGCUUCAGGGAAUACUGAAUCUAAAAAAACUGAGGAAGUGAAAGCUGAGACAGCUGUCAAGGGUCUUGGUAAGCAAGGUGGAUUGCUAAAGGAAAUUAAGAAGAAAACAGAUGACAAGAGCAACAAAAUGGAACAUGAAAUUAUUUCUAAUGGUUGUGAUAUGAGCAAUUUAGAAACUUCUGAAAAAGAAACUUUGCUGAAGAAACUUCUACCCGAAGAAGAUUUUUUGCGUUUGAAGGAAUCAGAAACCGGACUCCAUCUUAAGUCUCCGGAUGAGUUGAUCGAGAUGGCACAUAAUUACUACAAUGAUACUGCAAUCCCCAAACUGGUAGCAGAUUUUGGGUCUCUUGAACUUUCUCCAGUUGACGGAAGGACGUUGACAGAUUUUAUGCAUACUAGAGGCUUGCAAAUGUAUUCCUUGGGACGCGUGGUUGAACUCGCGGACAAGCUCCCUCAUGUCCAGUCACUUUGUAUACAUGAAAUGAUUGUUCGAGCUUUUAAGCACAUCCUACGAGCAGUUGUUGCAGCAGUUCCUAACAUUGCCGACGUGGCUCGGUUAAUUACAUCAUGCUUGAACAUCUUGCUUGGAACACCUUCUGCCGAAAAUCCUGAUGCUCAGAGUACUACUGAUGAUGACCUAAAAUGGAAGUGGGUUGAAACCUUCCUUCUGAAGAGGUUUGGCUGGAAAUGGAGCCGUGAAAAUUCCACGGAAUUGAGAAAGUUUGCCAUUCUUCGAGGGCUUUGCCACAAGGUUGGUCUUGAGCUUGUUCCUAGGGAUUAUGAUGUGGAUAGUCAGUUUCCUUUCAAAGAAUCAGAUAUUGCUAGCAUGGUCCCUGUGUAUAAGCAUGUAGCAUGCUCAUCCGCAGAUGGGCGUACCCUUUUGGAAUCAUCCAAGACUUCUCUUGAUAAAGGAAAACUGGAAGAUGCUGUAAAUUUCGGAACCAAGGCACUCUCGAAGCUUGUUGCUGUAUGCGGUCCUUACCACCGAAUGACUGCUGGAGCAUACAGUCUUUUGGCUGUAGUCCUGUACCACACUGGUGACUUUAACCAGGCAACCAUAUACCAACAGAAGGCCUUGGAUAUAAAUGAGAGAGAAUUGGGUCUCGACCAUCCCGAUACAAUGAAAAGUUACGGCGAUCUUGCUGUUUUUUACUACCGCCUUCAACACACUGAAUUGGCUUUGAAAUAUGUGAAUCGGGCAUUAUAUCUUUUACAUUUAACUUGUGGACCUUCGCAUCCAAAUACUGCUGCCACUUACAUCAAUGUGGCCAUGAUGGAAGAAGGUUUAGGAAACGUCCAUGUUGCACUCAGAUACCUGCACGAGGCUCUCAAGUGUAACCAAAGACUGCUUGGAGCUGAUCAUAUACAGACUGCCGCAAGUUACCAUGCGAUUGCUAUUGCUCUUUCUUUAAUGGAAGCGUACUCUUUAAGCGUUCAGCAUGAGCAGACCACUCUACAAAUUCUGCAAGCGAAACUUGGAAAAGAGGAUCUCCGUACGCAGGAUGCUGCUGCGUGGCUUGAGUACUUUGAGUCUAAGGCCAUAGAGCAGCAGGAAGCUGCACGCAACGGUACUCCAAAGCCAGAUACCUCAAUUGCUAGUAAAGGCCAUUUGAGUGUAUCAGACCUUCUUGAUUAUAUAAAUCCUGAUGCGGAUCGAAGGGUCAGUCAAAAGAAGCAAGCCCAAGCAAAGAUUAAAGGUAAACCAGGUCAGAACCAGUUGGAAACAGUUACAGACAAUGAUGGAACUCUAUCUCCAACAUACCCUGUGACGGAGACUUCAAGUGAUAAAGAAAACAAAACUGAUGCCCUAUCCGAAGAGAAGAAAGUUGAAAAACCUAUUGUCAGUAUAGUAGAUGUACCCUAUUUAAGCCUACAACAAGAUAUCUCAGCCCAAGAUGACACCUCCACUGAAGGUGGAUGGCAAGAAGCUGUUCCAAAAGGUCGUUCUGUUGCUGGUCGUAAGCCUUCUGGAUCAAGGAGACCAAGCCUAGCAAAGCUCAACACCAAUUCCAUGAACAUCCCAGAAUCUGCAAGACUCAGAGGAAAACCUACCAACUUUCCAUCUCAAAGAACAUCUCCUAAUGAGUCUGCUGGUGCAUCUGCAUCUUCUCCUCCUAUUUUAGCUCCGAAGAAGUUAGUGAAGAGUUCUGAUUCCGUUCAGAAGACUAGUAUGGCUGGCACUGUAGUAAGUGAGGCGGAAAAAUCAGAUACUUCGAAGUUAGUGUUGACUAGUACUCCAGUCGUUCAAUCUGUGAAAGUCAGUCCUCUGACAAGCCCAGUUAAUGUUCAAUCUGCUGGGAAACUCUUGUCCUAUAAAGAAGUAGCUCUAGCUCCGCCUGGGACGAUAGUCAAAGCGGUGGUGGAGCAACAGUCUAUUUCCAUCACAAAAUCAAUUAAUAUUGGUGAGAAAGAUGAGAAGGAAGGGGAUAAGAAGGUUCAAAGUCUAAGUGAAGUAAAACCAGAGCCUUCAGUUUCUUCCAAGGAAAUAAAGGUUCCCAUAAUUGGUGAUAAUGAUAAGGAAGGGAAGAGUAAUGUGAUUGAAAGUUCUCCAAAAAUAAAAAAUGAUGUCUCAGAGGAAAAGGAAAUGGAUUCCAAGGAAGUUGUAGGUUCGAAGCUUGAGGGUUCUGAAUCACCAAAGAAUUCAGUUUCAGACACAAUUCCAUUGGAGGUAAAGUCUAAUAAAGAAGAUGGCACCAACGUCAAGGAAAAGGUGGCAGGGGAAGGUGAAGGAAGCGUGCUCAGUCUGCCAGAUGGGGGUGAAAAUGUGAAGUCCUUGGCCGUGGAAGGAGAAAAGCAGGAGGAAAGUGAAGCUCGGAAAGAGAUGAACAAGAAACUUUCUGCUGCUGCACCUCCGUUCAACCCAACUAUGAUUCCUGUUUUUGGUACCAUUCCAGCACCAGCAUACAAAGAUCUUGGAGGAAUUUUGCCCCCACCCGUCAAUAUUCCCCCAAUGAUGACUGUUAAUCCUAUACGUAAAUCUCCACAUCAAUCAGCAACAACAAGGGUUCCAUACGGUCCACGGCUGUCAGGUGGUUAUCGAUCUGGAAAUAGGAUCCCGCGGGGCAAGUCUAGUUACCAGAAUGGUGAAAAUGCAACUGGAGAUGGCACUCACUUCAGCACGCCAAGAAUCAUAAUGAAUCCACAUGCAGCUGAGUUUGUGCCUGGCCAAGCAUGGGUUUCAAAUGGUUUCCCGGUUUCUCCAAAUGAUUCUUUGGAAAGUGCUCCAAUGUCUCCUAACGACUUUCCGGAGUCACCAAAUGGUAUUCUGUUAGUUCCAAAUGAUGUUCCAGCAUCGCCUGGUAAUUCACCAGCUUGUCCAAAUGGUAUACUAGCUUCUCCACCAGUUACCCCUACGGAAGUUGUUGUAGACAAGAUACAAACUGCAGUGGCAGAGAUGAGUAGCAAUGAAAAGCUUGCAACAGACGGGAAGGAAGAUGAUCAACCACAGAAAGAUGAGGAGAUAAAACUAGAAGUAACCCACUCUUCUGUGGAAAGUCAACAGACGGAUACUCCCAGUGUGGAACAAAUCCCAACAGAUUCAGUUGUUGUUGCUAAACAUCUCGUCGUAGCAACAAACGGAACUAGCAAGAAUUUGGCUGUCGAUAAAGAUGGAAAGUCGAAGAAAUGUUGGGGAGACUACAGUGAUAGUGAGGCUGAGGUUGCUGAUGCUGCUGAGGUAGAUAAAUGCAGCGAGAAAGAAGCUGAAGUCAGUGAUACAAAGAGUUGAAAUGAGGAUAAUAACUUUUCUUUCCAGAGAACUAAUCGCUCAUGUUACGGUUAAGCCUGCAGAGAGUAACAGAGAAGCGGUAAGGGAUUAAAACUGGGGUAAUUAGACAAUUUGCGAAAUACUCAGCAUCUUCGGUUGCUCUGCCAAAGUGUCCUUAGCAGCUGCUGAUCGUGUCUGUGAAGAUGCAAAAGUAUCAGUUCUUGUUACCACUAACUUUUGUAGCAUCUGAUAACAAAGGAAAUAAGUCCAGUUUGUUAAAGAAUCUGCUGGUAGAGAAAGAUGAUUUUACUGAUGGUUGAUGGAGAUAGAGAGAAAUGGAGCCCCCUUUCAAUACCUUAUCCGGUAUGUCAGAUUCUUCACUUUCUUCUUUGCAUUUUUAGUUCCUGUCGGGAUUAUCCAAGUAAACAAUAAACAAUAUUUUUCAUCAGUAUUAUUGGUUUAUUAGAUUUGAGCUAGAAUCUUUGUGAAUGUAUUCUUGACAUAUCAUCAGGUGGUCGUUUUUCUUAGAGUAAUAAAAGUGCCAUUUAAUGAUAAUGCUGCACUUGAUUAUUGGCAAUGCCAGAAGAGUGGGCCUUCAUGUCAAAACUCAUGGCAGUGAUUCCAGUGAAUCAAGUGCCUGUCAAAUAUGUUGGCCGAGUGCCCUCUGUGUUUAUCUGAUAUGAACAUUAGUCCUACAUCCUUGAAUUUUACAA